ACCGCAAUUGUGAAGGUAGCUUAGGUAUCAGUGUUGAGUGAUCUGAUGGGAGAAGAAGUGGAAAACAAGCAGGUGAUAUUCAAAGGGUACAUUGAAGAUGUUCCCAAAGAGAGCGAUAUGGAACUCAGGGUUUCCAAAUUUGAGCUCAAGCUUCCCCCACAAGCUAAUGCUAUUCUCGUCAAAAACCUUUAUCUCUCUUGCGAUCCAUACAUGCGCGGUCGCAUGCGUGAUUUCCAGGGAUCUUAUAUCUCUCCUUAUGUUCCUUCUCAGCCCCUUGAAGGAUUCGGCGUAUCUAAAGUCAUACACUCUGAUAAUCCAAAUUUCAAGUCUGGUGAUCUCAUUGCUGGCUUCACUGGCUGGGAAGAAUACAGCCUUAUCAAAAGAACGGACCAGUUGAGAAUAAUUGAGACAGAUCAUCACAUUCCUCUCUCCUUCCAUAUCGGUCUUCUUGGAAUGCCAGGUUUUACUGCUUAUGCUGGAUUUUAUGAGGUCUGCACGCCACAAAAAGGAGAGUAUGUUUUUGUAUCUGCAGCAUCUGGUGCCGUAGGCCAGCUUGUAGGUCAACUUGCUAAGUUGCAUGGCUGCUAUGUUGUUGGAAGUGCUGGCUCUAAGGAGAAGAUUGACCUUCUAAAGAAUAAGCUUGGAUUCGAUGAUGCUUUUAACUACAAGGAAGAAUCAGACUUGGAUGGUGCUCUAAAAAGGUAUUUUCCACAAGGCAUUGACAUCUAUUUUGAUAAUGUUGGUGGGGAAAUGCUUGAUGCUGCACUCCUUAACAUGAGGAUUCAUGGUAGAAUUGCAAUCUGUGGGAUGGUGUCUCAGCAUAGCCUUUCUAAUCCAAAAGGGAUAUACAAUUUAUUCAAUCUCAUAUCAAAGCGCAUCAGAAUGCAGGGUUUUUUGCAAAGUGAUUACUUGCACCUAUACCCACGCUUUUUGAAAGAUGUUUCAAGUUACUACAAGCAGGGAAAGAUUUUUUACAUUGAGGACAUGAACGAAGGCUUGGAAAGUGCUCCAGCUGCUUUCGUUGGGCUUUUCCAUGGAAAGAACGUUGGUAAGCAAGUCAUUCGUGUUGCUCAUGAAUGAUUUUUUUUCCUAGCAGAAGCUUUCUAUGUUGUCAACAUGUCCAUUUGCAGAAUUGAUAUAAUAAAAUUCAAGGAUUUUCUAUAUUAGAGUUUGAUACAUUGUUCUGUAAAGUUAUUUCUAUUGUUCUAAUAUGUUGGACAGUUUGAUUUUGGGAAGGGGGUAUCAUUUUAUUGAGUUAACAACUAUUAGAAUUGUUAUUAUGGGAGCAAUUGACACGAAGUUAUGGGUUUGUACCUAUUAUUAUUAUUGUAUAAAG